AUUAAUUUUUACUGUAUACAAAGUUGUACGGAAUAUAUCCAAUAGACAUUUUAUACAUUUUAAUUAAUAUGGAACUUUAUUCAAAUUUAAAAUUGUUGAUCCGAUCUAUUUUACUUUUUACUGCCAAUUCAUUAUUAAACGAUGAAGCUGAAGAAAUGGAUUCCCAAGAGGAAUAAAAUUUUGGUACAAGAUUGUCAUAGAGGCAACGGCCCUAGCCUCAGAACAACAUCGAAUCAUUAUUUAGAUUCUUUGGACUAUUUUUCAUUGCCGGAUAAUAUCAUAAACAAUUUUAAAGAAUUAUACAAAGAUCAAUUGAGUGACGAGAAAGUAAUGACAAUAAGUGAAUUUCGUGAUGUUAUUAGGUAUAAGCUUUGCUAUAAUCCAUAUAAAUUCGGUAAUAUAAUUGAAGAAGCUAAUAUUAUAGAUGAUAAAGUUACUGAAAGUCAAUUUUUAAUUAUGAUUCAGAAAAUAACACAACAAAUUGAUGAUACAUUGUAUGAUAAUAUGAGUAAGCUUGCUAUACCUGAUAACUCAAAAAUGAUUACAACACAAGGACUAAAACUUGCUAUGGAACUUACUAAUAUUUCGAAUGUUAGGGACUACGACAAAGUAGGAGAAUUAUUGGCUAAAGGAAAUAUUAUAGACGAUAGUGUAGUGAACUAUGAAGAAUUUAUGAUUUAUGUGAUUAUGAAUUAUGAUACUCCUGAAUCAUGCCUGGAAAAUAAUUAUUAUGGUCCUUUAUAUCCAAUCAAAUGUAAACAUUUUAGUUAAUAAUUUCUAAAAAUUUACCAUAAUAAAUUAUAUGUAUAUAUUUUUUAAUGCUUCGAUAAUGCAUUUUACAUUGUAAUAAGUCAUCAUUUUAGUAAUCGUUUGUCUUGUUUUAUUGUAUAAUAUACAAAACUACGGUUGUCGUGUAUUUACUAUAGAACUUGAAUACAUGUCGUCAACAUGUUAAUUUAUUUAAACUCUAUAAUUAAAUUA